UCAGGUUGGCAUCAUUGCCGCGAGAUCGCCAUAUUUGUCGGCGUCCCACGCUACAAAACACGCUUGCAAAGUAUUCUGUGUUCGUCGUUCGUUAUCCAAUUUUUUAAAUACCGGCACGAAAAAUGUCGUACAAGGGACCGCAGAAAGUCCAGAAGGUGAUGGUUCAGCCCAUCAACCUGAUAUUUCGCUAUCUGCAAAAUCGUUCGCGCGUGCAAGUCUGGCUGUUCGAGAACGUGAACCUGCGGAUCGAGGGUCACAUCGUCGGCUUCGACGAAUACAUGAACCUGGUGUUGGAUGACGCCGAGGAGUAUCACCAGAAGACGAAAAACAGGAAGCCACUCGGACGAAUCAUGCUGAAGGGCGAUAAUAUCACGCUAAUACAAAAUACCAAUCCCGGUGCAAAUUAAUGACGAGAGGAAGGCUAUAACCUCAACCCGACAGGAAAUUUGGCGGGCGAGUUUGACAGACUGAUUUCUUCAGAGUUUCUUGGACUGUGAGAAGAGCUCUCAGGAAGAUUGUUUAACUGUAAAAGUUGAGGUUCUUUAAGCGUGAGAAAAAUUGUAUUUGCGUGAUGAAUGCGUGGAUGGAGAUUUGUAGUUUGUAAUACUUUCAGUUAUCUUGAUACAAAAUUCUACUAUAUGAAUACUGACAAAUGCGAAAUACGAUCAAAUUUUGUUAUGAAAUCAUCCGAUAUUUUAUGUCAAUGAAUAUCCGGAUUCGUCUAAUAUAAAUUUUUGUUCAAAUUUAAAUUUGAAGAAAUAUUCUUUACAAUAUAUUAUCAUGCAUUGCUAGUGCUUAUUAGCGGUAUAAACAAUGUAGGAUUAUAUUUUGUAUCCAGUUUUUGUGGAAACUCACGCUGAAUGUGUAUUGUGUGACUCUAAAAAAGAUAAAUAGAAAAUAUAUAUAUACGCAAUAAUUAAAUAAUUUCAUAUUCUCUAAAAAA